UUGAACAAAAAGAGCAGCAAUCUACUGGUUCACCCUGAGGAGAGCGGGGGGGGGGGGGGGGGGGGGAGAGGGGGAGGAGGAGGAGUUGUCCGGGGGCAUGGCGGCUCAUAAACCGGUGGAAUGGGUUCAAGCCGUCAUAACGCGUUUCGAUGAGCAGCUUCCAAUUAAAGGUGGGCAGCAGAACACCCAUUCGAAAGUUAGCACUGAACACAACAAGGAAUGUCUCAUCAAUAUUUCCAAGUACAAGUUUUCCUUAGUCAUAAGUGGCCUCACCACCAUCUUGAAAAAUGUAAAUAACAUGCGAAUAUUUGGAGCUGAAGCUGAGAGGAACUUGUAUCUUUCGCAACUGAUAAUAUUGGAUACAUUGGAGAAGUGUCUUGCAGGGCAGCCUAAGGAUACGAUGCGGCUUGAUGAGACCAUGCUUGUCAAACAGCUCUUGCCAGAAAUUUGCCAGUUCAUCCACAUGUCCCGUGAAGGAAACCAACUCAUAGCACAACUCCGCAACUCAGCUUCUGGGGUUCUCUUCUCCCUGAGUUGUAAUAAUUUCAAUGCUGUCUUCAGCCGUAUCUCCACCAGGUUACAAGAGCUGGCAGUGUGCUCGGAAGAUAGUACUGACGUCAAUGACAUUGAAUUGAUACAGCACAUAAAUGUGGAUUGUGCGAGACUCAAACGAUUACUGCAAGAGACGGUCUUUAAAUUCAAGGCAUUAAAAAAAGCAGCUCAGUUGGCAGUCAUAAACAGUCUCGAAAAGGCAUUUUGGAAUUGGGUGGAAAAUUACCCUGACGAGUUCACGAUGCUGUACCAGAGACCCCAGCCCGACCUGGCAGAUUGUUCAGAGAAGCUGUUUGACCUUGUGGAUAGUUUUGCUGAAAGUGCCAAACGAAAAGCUGCGGUGUGGCCUUUGCAGAUCAUCCUCCUCAUCCUCUCGCCUGAUGUGCUGCAGGACAUCUCAAAGGAAGUGGUCGAUGAAAGCAAAAUUAAUAAGAAGCUGUUCCUGGACAACUUGAAGAAAGCUCUCGCUGGUCAUAGUGGUAGUCGACAACUAACUGAGAGCGCGGCUAUAGCGUGCGUUAAACUUUGCAAGGCCUCCACGUACAUCAGCUGGGAGGACAACUCGGUCAUCUGCUUUCAGGUUCAGUCCAUGGUGGUUGACCUAAAGGCCCUGUUGUUCAAUCCUGGCAAGCCUUUCUCCAGAGGUGCUGGCAGCCAGAGUGCAGAUGUGGAUCUCAUGAUAGAUUGUUUUGUUUCCUGUUUUCGUAUCAACCCUCAUAACAAUAGUCACUUCAAGGUCUGUUUGGCACCAUCUUCACCUCCAACCUUUCAUUAUGUGCUGGUUAAUUCAUUGCACAGAAUUAUUACAAAUUCUGCAGUGGAUUGGUGGCCCAAGAUUGAUGCCGUGUACUGUUACUCAGGAGAACUCAGAAGCAUGUUGGCAGAAACUCUGAGCAGGGUGAUGCAGAGCUGCAGCACGCAUGCUCCCUUGCGUAUGACACCGAGUCUCACGUUUAAGGAAAAAAUGACGACGAGCCUUAAAUUUAAAGAAAAGCCGACAGACUCGGAAGCCCGAAGUUAUAAAUUCUUACUGUUGGCCAUUGUGAAAUUAAUUCACGGGGACCCCAAGUUGAUGUUGCAUAAUCCAGGGAAGCCCGGAAAUGAAAUUCAGAACAGCACUGCUGAGUUGAUAACUGGUCUAGUUCAGCUGGUUCCACAGACCAGCAUGCCAGAGAUCGCACAGGAAGCCAUGGAGGCCUUGUUAGUUCUUCACCAACCAGAAAAUAUAGGGUUGUGGAAUCCAGAUGCACCAAUACAAACUUUCUGGGAUAUAAGCUCCCAAGUUCUGUUCUUCAUCUGUAAGAAACUGAUUGCUCAUCAGGUGCUGAACAGCACAGACAUUCUGAAGUGGUUACGGGAGAUUCUUAUUUGUCGGAAUAAAUUUCUAUUGAAGAAUAAGGAGAAUGCCACGCUCGGCAGUGGGAUCCCCAUCUGUCGCCAAGCACAGACCAAACUGGAGGUGGCCCUCUACAUGUUCCUCUGGAGCCCCGACAUAGAAGCAGUUCUUGUAUCCAUGUCCUGUUUUCGACACCUUUGUGAAGAAGCCGACAUUCGGUGUGGAGUUGAUGAUGUGCCUGUCCAGAGCAUUCUCCCAAAUUACAAUACAUUUAUGGAAUUUGCAUCCGUCAGCAAUAUGAUGUCAACAGGGCGGGCAGCUCUUCAAAAAAGAGUGAUGGCAUUGUUGAGAAGGAUAGAGCAUCCAACAGCAGGCAAUACUGAGGCCUGGGAAGAUACGCAUGCAAAGUGGGAACACGCUACUAAGUUAAUUCUGAAUUAUCCUAAAACUAAGAUUGAGGAUGGACAGGUGACAGAAAGUCUCCAUAAGACGAUCGUGAAGCGGCGGAUGUCACACGUAAGUGGGAGCGGCUCGAUAGACCUGUCGGACACCGACUCUCUCCAGGAAUGGAUCAACAUGACGGGCUUCUUGUGUGCAAUAGGAGGUGUCUGUCUCCAGCAUCGCACUAACUCAGGCUUAGUAACUUACAGCCCUCCCAUGGGGCCCAUCGUCGAGAGGAAGGGUUCCAUGAUCUCCAUGGUUUCAACGGAAGGAAAUACAGAGACCCCGGUCAGCAAGUUUUUGGAACGGCUUCUCUCGCUGAUGGUUUGCAAUCAUGAGAAAGUAGGGCUUCAGAUCAGGACUAACAUUAAAGACCUGGUUGGACUGGAGCUUAGUCCUGCACUUUACCCCACACUCUUCAACAAGCUGAAAAACUGUAUCAGCAGGUUUUUUGACUUGCAAGGCCAGGUGUUACUGAAUGACACAAACACACCGUUUGUGGAGCAGACCAUUGCAAUUAUGAAGAACUUACUUGACAAUCACACUGAUGGCAGUUCAGAGCACCUGGGACAAGCGAGCAUUGAGACAAUGAUGCUCAAUUUAGUCAGGUAUGUUCGUGUCCUUGGAAAUACUGUCCAUGCAAUCCAGAUCAAAACCAAACUCUGUCAGUUGGUGGAGGUUAUGAUGGAGAGACGAGACGAUCUCUCCUUCUGUCAAGAGAUGAAAUUUAGGAAUAAAAUGGUGGAGUACUUGACAGAUUGGGUAAUGGGAACUUCAAACCAGGCUGCUGAUGAUGAUGUGAAAUGCUUAACAAGAGACCUUGACCAAGCGAGUAUGGAGGCAGUGGUGUCGUUGCUUGCAGGAUUACCGUUACAGCCUGAAGAGGGGGAUGGCGUAGAACUAAUGGAAGCUAAAUCGCAGCUCUUUCUCAAGUAUUUCACGCUCUUCAUGAAUUUGCUCAACGACUGCAGCGAAGUUGAGGAGGAAUCGGCACAAACGGGCGGACGGAAGAGAGGGAUGUCACGUCGCCUUGCAUCACUUAGGCACUGCACGGUUCUCGCGAUGUCCAACCUUCUCAACGCCAAUGUAGACAGUGGACUCAUGCACUCAAUAGGCUUGGGUUACCAUAAAGAUCUUCAGACAAGAGCCACCUUCAUGGAAGUGCUAACUAAAAUUCUUCAACAGGGGACCGAGUUUGAUACUCUAGCUGAAACUGUACUGGCUGAUCGAUUUGAACGGCUCGUGGAGUUGGUCACUAUGAUGGGAGAUCAGGGGGAGCUUCCUAUUGCAAUGGCUCUUGCCAAUGUGGUGCCUUGUUCACAGUGGGAUGAGCUUGCUCGAGUGCUGGUGACGUUGUUUGAUUCACGUCAUCUUCUCUAUCAGUUGCUAUGGAACAUGUUCUCGAAGGAAGUUGAACUGGCAGAUUCCAUGCAGACUCUCUUUCGAGGCAAUAGCCUUGCAAGUAAAAUAAUGACAUUCUGUUUUAAGGUCUACGGUGCUACAUAUUUACAGAAGCUGCUUGAGCCUUUGCUGAAAACUGUACUUAAAGAUCCCGAGAAACAGCAUCUCAGCUUUGAAGUUGAUCCCACCAGGUUAGAACCAACGGAAAGCCUGGAUGAAAAUCAACGGAAUCUACUCCAAAUGACACAGAUAUUUUUCUCUGCAAUCAUUCAUUCCUCCUCCGAGUUUCCUCCACAGCUGAGAAGUGUCUGCCAUUGCUUGUAUCAGGCUACUUGCCACUCUCUACUGACUAAAUCUACAGUUAAAGACACAAAGGAAACCAUGAAAAAAUCAGUUGUCAGCCAGCGCUUUCCCCAGAACAGCAUCGGUGCAGUUGGCAGUGCUAUGUUCUUAAGAUUCAUCAAUCCUGCUAUCGUAUCUCCAUAUGAAGCAGGAAUUCUUGAUAAGAAGCCUCCACCAAGAAUUGAACGCGGAUUGAAGUUAAUGUCCAAGAUUCUACAAAGUAUUGCGAAUCAUGUCCUGUUUACAAAAGAAGAACAUAUGAGGCCAUUCAAUGAUUUUGUUAAAAACAACUUUGAUGCAGCUCGCAGGUUUUUUCUGGACAUUGCAUCUGACUGCCCAGCCAGCGACACGGUCAAUCACAGUCUUUCCUUCAUCAGUGAUGGGAACGUUCUUGCUUUGCACAGGUUGCUGUGGAACAACCAGGAGAAAAUAGGGCAAUAUCUAUCCAGUAACCGGGAUCACAAAGCUGUGGGGAGGAGGCCGUUUGACAAGAUGGCUACAUUGCUGGCUUAUCUGGGGCCCCCAGAGCACAAACCUGUUGCUGACACUCACUGGUCCAGCCUAAACCUCACCAGCUCCAAGUUUGAGGAAUUCAUGACCAGGCAUCAAGUACAUGAAAAGGAAGAGUUCAAAGCUUUAAAAACACUUAACAUCUUUUACCAGGCUGGAACAUCAAAAACAGGGACUCCCGUUUUCUACUAUAUAGCCAGAAGGUUUAAAACUGGACAGAUAAAUGGUGAUUUGCUCAUCUAUCACGUCCUCCUAACUCUGAAGCCAUAUUAUGCCAAGCCAUAUGAGAUUGUCGUGGACCUUACCCACGCAGGACCAAGCAAUCGCUUUAAAACGGAUUUUCUCUCCAAGUGGUUCGUGGUUUUCCCCGGGGCUGCCUACGAGAAUGUGGCUGCAGUCUACAUCUACAAUUGCAACUCUUGGGUGCGGGAAUACACAAAGUAUCACGAGCGGCUUCUGACUGGACUUAAGGGAAGCAAAAAACUGAUCUUCAUUGAUUCACCUGGUAAGCUUGUGGAACACAUUGAACCAGAUCAUCAGAAGCUUCCUGCUGCCACUCUUGCUCUGGAGGAGGAUCUCAAGGUCUUUCACAAUGCUCUAAAAUUGGCUCAUAAAGACACUAAGGUCUCCAUCAAGGUGGGAUCCACUGCAGUCCAGGUGACAUCGGCAGAGAGGACCCGGGUACUUGGCCAGUCCGUGUUUCUGAAUGACAUUUACUACGCUUCGGAAAUUGAGGAGAUCUGCCUGGUCGACGAAAGCCAGUUCACGUUGACGAUCGCCAAUCAAGGCACGCCACUAACAUUCAUGCACCAAGAAUGCGAGGCAAUAGUGCAAUCUAUCAUCCACAUUAGGACACGUUGGGAAUUGUCUCAGCCAGACUCCAUCCCGCAGCACACCAAAAUAAGACCAAAGGAUGUUCCAGGAACAUUGCUGAACAUAGCACUUUUGAAUCUUGGGAGCUCCGAUCCAAGCUUACGCUCUGCUGCCUAUAAUCUCCUGUGUGCCUUAACAUGCACCUUCAAUCUGAAAAUUGAGGGGCAGUUGCUGGAGACCUCUGGACUCUGCAUCCCCGCAAACAACACAUUAUUUAUCGUCUCCAUCAGUAAAACAUUGGCAGCAAAUGAACCCCACCUGACACUGGAGUUUCUUGAAGAAUGCAUCUCAGGCUUCAGCAAGUCCAGUAUUGAAUUGAAGCAUCUUUGUCUGGAAUACAUGACUCCCUGGUUGUUGAACUUAGUUCGCUUCUGUAAGCACAAUGAUGAUGCCAAACGUCAACGGGUUACUGCCAUCCUGGAUAAGCUGAUCACUAUGACGAUCAAUGAGAAGCAAAUGUAUCCUUCCAUCCAGGCAAAAAUCUGGGGCAGCCUUGGUCAGAUCACAGACCUGCUUGAUGUUGUUCUCGAUAGUUUCAUAAAGACAAGUGCUACGGGCGCGGAUUUGACCCCGGCUCUAGAGAUUAGACAAAGCUUGAGUGUUUUCUCUGCAGCGUCGGCGGGUGUGAAGUACAUAAAUUCAUGUGAGGUGAUUGGAAGGAUGUGCAAAAUAAUUGAUAAGACCUGCCUGUCUCCAACUCCAACCCUCGAGCAGCACCUGAUGUGGGACGACAUUGCUAUCCUGGCUCGCUACAUGCUGAUGUUGUCCUUCAACAACUCCCUGGAUGUGGCUGCACAUCUCCCUUACCUCUUCCACGUGGUCACUCUGCUGGUAGCCACGGGCCCUCUGUCUCUCAGGGCUUCCACCCACGGUUUAGUCAUCAACAUUAUUCAUUCUCUCUGCACUUGUUCCCAGCUUAAUUUCAGCGAAGAGACGAAACAAGUGUUGCGGCUCAGCCUGACGGAGUUUUCUUUGCCCAAGUUCUACCUGCUCUUUGGAAUCAGUAAAGUCAAAUCAGCAGCCGUGAUUGCAUUCCGAUCCAGCUAUCGGGAUCGUUCCUUUUCACCUGGAUCCUAUGAGAGGGAGACUUUUGCUCUGACUUCCCUCGAAACUGUGACUGAAGCCUUGUUGGAGAUCAUGGAGGCCUGUAUGAGGGAUAUACCUACCUGCAAGUGGCUGGACCAGUGGACAGAGUUAGCACAAAAAUUUGCAUUCCAGUAUAAUCCAUCUCUUCAGCCGAGAGCGCUUGUUGUCUUUGGUUGUAUCAGUAAGCGGGUAACCCAUGGGCAGAUUAAGCAGAUCAUUCGUAUCCUGAGCAAGGGUCUGGAAAGUUGCCUGAAAGGUCCUGAUAAUCAUAACAGCCAAGUUUUGAUAGAAGCUACUGUCAUUGCGUUGACCAAACUUCAGCCACUGCUCAAUAAGGAUUCAAACAUGCACAAGGCCCUAUUUUGGGUGGCAGUAGCGGUGCUGCAGCUGGAUGAAGUCAACCUGUACUCAGCUGGCACAGCGUUGCUGGAACAAAAUCUGCACACGUUGGAUAAUCUUAAAGUCUUCAAUGACAAGAGUCCAGAGGAGGUAUUUAUGGAGAUCAGAAGGCCUUUGGAAUGGCAUUGCAAGCAGAUGGAUCAUUUUGUUGGGCUGAAUUUCAACUCGAACUUCAACUUUGCAUUGGUGGGACACCUGAUGAAAGGCUACAGGCAUCCGUCACCCACCACUGUGGCCAGAACGGUGAGGAUACUGCAUACCCUGCUAGCCUUGGUCGGCAAGCACAGGAACUAUGACAAAUUUGAAGUCAACACUCAAAGUGUGGCUUAUCUUGCUGCUUUACUGACUGUUUCGGAGGAGGUACGGAGUCGGUGCAGCCUGAAACAUAGGAAGUCUCUCUUAAUGUCUGAUGUUUCCAUGGAGAACGUGCCAAUGGAUACAUAUGCCAUGUACCAUGGUGACCCAGGUUCCAGAGCUUUAAGAGAAAGUCAGCCAUGGGUUUCACCCAAGAUCUCGGACAGAUAUUUGGCCGCUAACUACCCGACAAUGGGACAGAUCAGUCCCAGGACACGCAAGUCUAUGAGUCUGGACAUGGGGCAGCCGUCACAGGCCAACACCAAGAAGCUACUAGGUACAAGGAAAAGCUUUGACCACUUAAUUUCAGAUAGUAAAGCGCCAAAGAGACAGGAGAUCGAGACGGGGAUUACGACUCCGCCCAAGAUGAGGCGUGUGGCAGAGCACGGCUUUGAAAUGGAAACGCAGCGGUUAUCCUCACAGCAGCACUCGCACUUGCGGAAGGUCUCGGUGUCUGAAUCAAAUGUGCUUUUGGAUGAAGAAGUCCUCACCGACCCAAAGAUCCAGGCGCUACUACUCACUGUCCUAGCCACAUUGGUGAAACACACUACAGAUGAGUUUGAUCAACGCAUCUUGUACGAGUACUUAGCUGAAGCCAGUGUCGUCUUCCCCAAAGUGUUUCCCAUUGUACAUAAUUUACUGGACUCGAAGAUUAAUACCUUGCUGUCACUAUGCCAAGACCCCAAUCUGUUAAAUCCCAUCCACGGGAUUGUGCAGAGUGUCGUGUACCAUGAAGAGUCGCCGCCUCAGUACCAGCCAGCAUAUUUACAAAGUUUUGGUUUCAAUGGGCUUUGGAGAUUUGCAGGAUCUUUCUCCAAGCAAACACAGAUCCCAGACUACGCUGAACUGAUUGUGAAGUUUCUGGAUGCAUUAAUUGACACGUACUUGCCAGGAAUAGAUGAGGAAUCCACCGAGGAGUCUCUGCGUACGCCGACCUCUCCCUACCCACCCCCUGUCCAGAGCCAGCUUAGCAUUACUGCCAACUUAAACCUCUCGAAUUCCAUGACCUCACUGGCAACCACGCAGCAUUCUCCUGGAAUUGAUAAAGAGAACGUGGAGCUCUCGCCGACGUCGGGACACGCCAACAGCGGGCGAAUCCGUCACGGCUCUGCGAGUCAAGUGCAGAAGCAACGCAGUGCCAGCAGCUUCAAGCGCCCCAGCAUCAAAAAGAUUGUGUGAAGUGUUUUGUGACUGACCCAUCCGGCCCGGUUAGACUUCUGCCAAAUGGCCCCUUCCCCUCUUCCCGAAUAAAGACAUUCUCUUCCCGUCACAUCAGACGUGCACAGUACAAUUAACAAACAAUUGCUCUGCGACCACAUACUCAUUUUCUCUUUCACACCGUCAGUAUUUUCUGCAGUUUCUAUACAAAUGUUCUUGUUCACAGAGCGCAGUGUUGCAAAGAGAGAAUUCUUUAUUUUUAGCUCUGUCACCUUCAUUUUAGUUGGGGAAGUUGGGGGGGGUUGGGGCGGGAGGGGGGGGGGGAAGGCACUGAAAUUUGUAUCAACACUGUAAUAGAUGUCGAACAUGGAAGCCAUUAAUUGCAGACGGGAUGGUCCUAACUUAUUUGCCUUCUACACGAUAGUGAAAACGUAUGUUUACUGUUCACUUUUCAGCAAUCGAUAGAAGUGGCUUAAUGGGUAGCAAUUAAUCAUGUCUGUUGGUGAUUUUUUGCUUUGAUGAGGAUGCCGUGUGUUUAGAGGAAGGAACCUUUUAAGCUGUAGGUACAGUAAUCAAACACCAUGUUUAAAGCACAUUUAACACAGAAAGUAGGUCCAUUGCAGCAAUCAUAGAAAAUGUACAUAUCCAAUACCUUUUAUUUUACUGAUUCCGCAAAUCGCAAAGACUUUGUCUUUCUUUUUAUAUUUGUUUACAGUCCUGGAAAAACUAUGAAUUAAAAUAUGAUAUGCAAGAACUUUGCCAAAAUAGGUAAUUAUUACAACAAAAAAACCUUAGUAUUAAAUUUGUGGUAUUCAGCAAAAUGUGACUCCUUUAGGGACAAUUGUGUAGACGACGUUAUGUCAAACACAGAAAAGAUAUGGCGCCAAUAUCUUGUGCAUUUAACAAAACGUGUUGGUGUGAUUUCACAACUAUACCGUUCACAGUCGAAUGCUGAUCAACUGGUGACCCAAGACUAAUCUGAGUGCCUUGGAUUUAGUUCAUGGGUCGUACACCCACACCCCACAAACUAUCACACACACUUUAAAACUCAAAGGUGUUUCUCUCAGUCAAUGUUAUGCAACAGACCUUACUGCAAGAAGUCACUGCUAGUGUUGGCCACAGAUUUUUUUUAAACUGCAGUAUGUUCAUCUGUAAAUAGUUUUUGUGUAAAAUUGAGAAAGGUAUAUUUACUACACUGUAAAUACAUGUGAUGAUAUAUUGUAUUAUUUUGCUUUUUGUAAAGCAGUUAGUUGCUGUACAUGUAUAACAUAUGAAAUUUGAUUAUUCUGGUGUCAGUAAUGUUAACUUCUCUCUUCCCUUCCGUUGCAUUUUAUGUCAUUAAAAGAUUCAAAAAGAAAACCCUGUCCAAUGUU